AUGGGACUGCAGAUCCUUGAGCAUGAGGCAUUUUCCACAUAUCUUGUUGGCUUGAUUGGAAGCCCUGCCGUAAACUCUGACGUCGUUUUGGACACUGUUUUAGAAGUGCUGCGCCGCUCCAAUGGUGCCUUCCUCAUCUACGAGCCAGCACAAAGUGCGGCUCCCGGUUUACAGAGGACGUUGGUAGCUGUUACGCGAUCGAUGCAGAAUAUGUUGCCCAGCCUGGAGCAACGCGCGGCAAAUCCAUCUCAGCUUGAUGAUGAUGAUGCUCGACGGCUGGCACGCUGGGCAGAGGUGGCUGGUAAUCUUAUUGAAGCUUAUACUCAACUCUUGUGGCUGGACCAGGAUGUGUCUGAGAUUCUGCUGCGCUUCAUUGGUGCGUGUUUGAUGGUGCACUCGAGAGUUGCCCAAGCGGUGUCCGAGCUGUGGGCUGUUUUGAAGGAUGCCAAGAGAGAUGGGAAGCUCCCUGAAGGUGUGAUGCCGAGGAUCCUGCAGCGGCUUGUGGAACCGAGCAUUUGCUCUUUCAUGAGAUUCAGCCGCUUUGACGUACAAGAAGAUCGUGCAGACUUGGUGCACAUGCGAAGUGCACAGCUUGACAUUUUGGUGGACAUGUAUUGCGUGGCAGCUGGAACUCCAGAAGCCCAGUUUGUGCUUGCUACGCUGUUGAAGCGAAUGGAUCAAGCCGAAUCUGCAGGAGAUGUUUUGGGUUUGGAGGUGGUGUGGUAUGCUUUCCAAGGCAUUGCAGAGGUCAUCGCAGACGAGCCCAACGUCCCGGAUGCUUACCAUGUGGUGCUUCGCUCGGUGGUCAAAGUUGUUGCGGCCCCGGCCGAAGUCUCCAGCACGGGCGCAGCCUUACUGCGGGCAUGUGGUCCUCAUUAUGAACACCAUUUGCAGGCGCACUUGCCUCCAGCUGUGCAGUGGCUGAUGACGAGGGUGGAGCAGAUACCUGUGGAAGCCUCCGAAACAAUUCAAGAGCUUUGUGGGUAUGCAGGAAAGCUUCUUUUGCCAUUUGUGGAGGAAUUCCUCAAGGCAGUCGUAAAGGUCGCGCCAGCGGCACCCAGCGAGGUUGAUGCCGCGUUGCACGGUGCUUUAGUUGGUAUUGCGCGAAACCUUCCCGCAGACCAAUUGCCUAUGGGCUUUGCUCAAGUUUGCCAGGGUUCCGCAGAAAGCCUGAAGACGGGGAUCGAUACCUCCAGUGAUGCAGGGCGAAUGAUGCUGCAUCGAAUCCUUUGCCGGCUGUUGCGAUGUGACUCCGUGAUGGAGCAAGCCGGCAGUAGUCAACAGGGAAUUGGUCCAACACCGGAAGCAAGAACGGCUUCGAGUUGCCUAGCGAGCUUUCUGUUGUCCUGCUGGACUUCCUUGGCGCCGCCUUGUCAACAGAUUCUGCUAGCUGCUCCUGUAGGGAAAGAUGCUGCAAAGGGUCGGCCAAUCUUUGAGUACUCGGAUGUCGCUUUGCAAGUGAACGUGCUUGCUUUGCUGCGGCGGGCCGGCCGUGCUGCGUGCGAAGCAGAGAGCGCCGACUUGGCACAGCAGUUGCAGCAAAUGCUUGUUUCUUGCUGUCAGGAAGGUCAACUAGCUGUUCUGGCUGCCAUGGCGCAGAUGGCAGAGAGCCCUCCACUGGCACAGAACUAUGUUCUUCCCCAGUUGGCUACUUGCCCGCAGAAUCCUGCAAUGAUGCACCUUCAAAAAGGUGGGCCUGCCGAGGACCUGAUUCCCUUCUUGGACCUAUGCUCCUCAUUGGCGGGUUCUGUGGGCGACACUUUGUUUGCUUCGCAACACUUGGCGCCAUUGUCGCAGCUUUGCAUUGCAGCUCUUCAGUCGACAGAGCAUGAAGUGCUUAAGCCCGUGCUGCUUUUCCUGCAGCGCCUUCUAACACAAAGAACGUUGGCUUUGUCAGAUGGUGACGUCUCGGCGUUGGCACAGCAAGUUGUUGGGCGCUUUCAACAAUGGCCAAGGAGCAUGAGUGGGCAGAUCUUCAAAGUGUUCUCCGCCAUGGCAGAGAGCGCCAUGGCAAUGCAAAUCCUAGGCUUUUCCACUGCACAUUUCAUUGGUGGCACCGUGGGCACCAACAAGCGGGCAGACCCCUUUUUCCUCGCAGAGCGAUACGAGAUACAAUGUGACUGUGAGCUGAUGGCCGAACUGCUCAGAUUUAUCUACUGCGGCGAGAUGUCUUUCUUCCAAGGAGAGGCGCACAACGACAAGGCGAACGAAAUCCUGACCCAGAAGAUGCUGGCGAUUUGUUUCGAGGCAGAGCGCUUUUCAGUUGAUGCCCUGUACGAGAAGCUUCUGAGUUGGUUCGGAAGAAGGAGCUUCUACGUUGUGGGCGAGCUGAACUUUGCAGAUGCGUGCCUUUCCUGUUGCACUCAGGAAACCAUUCUGAACUAUGACAAGCUGCCCAUUGUCUCAGAAACUGAGAUUUUAAGCCUGAUUGAGCGGUGGAACGCCACAGCUGACAAAGACAAGUCAGACAUUGUCCGGCUUCUAGCUUGCUUUAGGCCUAGUGAGGAUUCCAAGAUGGCAAUGAAGAAUUGGUUAUGCUUGAUGGGCUGGGUAGACGAUUCAGGCAAUGUGGUUUCAAUCCCUGGCCUCGAGGGAUUGGAGAAGAUUAUCUCUGGAAAAGCCACCAAAGGCAAGAAGCCUCGGAACUGCAAGAGUGCAGAUGUGGACGUGCGAGACUACACCAAGGCCAUGCUGGAAAACUACCAUUCUGACCUGCAACCGGAAGGCAAUGAGGAUGAAAUUGAUGCGACCUUCUUCCACUACCAUGGCAGCAAGGUGUUGGCACAAGGCUGUUCAUUCAAUCUCGGUGCUGGCGAUCGAUUGCUUCAGGCUGACGUUCUGAGAGAUUCUGGAAUCAGCCGUUUACGAGUUGCACUGUCAGAACCUUCCUCCUUGCUUUGGAACCCGGAGCACGAGGUCUUCGUCGGGCUUUCAUACGGUGAAGGCAAAUACUUUGGCUUCCUUUGUAGUGCAUCGGCCUUUUCGGGCAUUUUCUCGGUGCGAGCGCUAGCAUCAGCUGCACCUGCGCCAAGCGCACCGGUGCAUCUCACAGGUUCUGGGAACAAGAUGGAAUUCGACCUCGGCUUGGAGAUCCAAUUGCACCGGGUGGAUUUGGUGGUCACCUGCGAGCUGAGCUGCAUCUUCAAGAAUGAAUACUUGACCAAGGUGCCCGAAGUUGUUUCAACAUAUUGA